AAAUAUCGUGCAAUUUACUUCCUGCUUCCUACUCUCCCCUGACAACGGGAAUUUCGUGCUUUACGUUUGCACUCGGCAGGCAGCGCGCCCAAACAGCCAUUAGUAUCGCAAAACCAAGUUGGCACUUUGAAAAACAAGCGAGGCGUCGGACAGGACUUCGCUGCAAAUGUAUAAAGAAACGGCUAUAUGGUUGUGUUUUUAAGCCAUAUGAACAGUGGGCUCAUUUAUUAUUUUAGGUGAACGUUCUUCGUCCAUUUUUACGGAAAAAGUUAACAGGUAAAAAGAUGUGGAAGAGAGGGGUGCCACAAACUGCAGCAGGGAAGGCGAGCCAGCCCAGGGCACUUAGGGCCAGGAAAAGGAAGUUCCCAGGCAGUGAGGAGACUGCCCCUGCUGGCGACAACGGGACACUGCAGCCUGGAGAGUCGCAAGGGUCCUCUGUCUGUUUGCCGCUGAGCAGUGGAGCGGAACGGUGCUCAGUGCGGUUGAACAAGGAAGUGAAAGCAAGCAAUGUUAAUUCCCCCACCAGGGAGAUAACAUCUCUGCAGUUGGACUGUACCACUGCAGAGAGGGAGAGCGGGGCAGACCAUACUACUGCACAGACAGAGGGGGGGGCAUCGCCCUCUUUUCAGGCAACAGGAGGAUCCAGUGAGCCUGGCCAAGCCGGGGGAACAGGGGAUAAUCCUCUAGUCCUCUCUGACUCCCAGUAUGCGCUCCGUCAUGUUCUGGAGAAUGUGACUGGGAAGUUUCUUACGGAUAACGGAAGGGGAGCCCAACAGCAGUGUGGAGGCAGCCAUGUUGAAGCGCCCUCUGGGGCCAGCCAUGGAGAUACAGGCAGGAGGGACGAGGGCGCUGAAAUUCAGGAGUACCCCUCUGCCGUACCCUUACACACUGCCCCGGGUCCCCCUGGUUCCCUGCCACCGGCGGGUGAUGGGAGGGAGGUGGGCAGGGGACCCGGUGUCACAGAGGUUGUGAUGGGCAAGGAUGGAGAGAAGCCAACCGAUGGAGCUGGUGACCAUUCUAGUGGCCGACCCGGUUUUGGAGAGGGGAGAGGGACCACACCUGAAGCUGGGCCCUUACAGGCAGCGAUGGGGGGUCGGUGUGAGGACGGCCCCGCAAGGAGAAAGGUCCGGAAGAGGAUGGGCAUGCGGUGUUUCGGCGAACGGGAGAGGCGGACUCGCUGCGAGGGACGGCUCUCGAGUAGGAACCAGAAAGAUGCAGAGAGUGAGAAAGGGAGGGAAAGAGAGGGGAAAGUGAGCCGAGAACACGGAGAGCCACACUGGUCGUGUCAUGAAGAAGUUGUGGGGCGGAGACUGGAAAUUGCCACCUUCAACAAGGUGGCAAACGGUACGGACCUCAGGACAAUGGAAGGAGUACCUGACACCACACUGGGACUGGUGAACCAGCCAGGAAGGUUCCCUUCACCCUCGGAUCUCUUGGUCCCGACUCCACUGGGCAUUAUUCUGGAGGAAGAAGAGCCUUCUCAACCCGGAAUGGAGGCUUCUUACAAAAUUCCAGAGCAACCAUUGACGAUUGAGAAGACUGCUGCUAGGGAAACCAAGUCCAGCUAUUUUGUGGCACGCACUGAGAAGACGACCAGUAGCGUGGGCACAAGUCCCUGUGGGCCAGGAGGAGCCUCUGUGGAAGAUGAUGGGACGGGAGUGUCUGGUGGAGGGAGUGAGGUGUCUGAUGAAGGGUAUAGGGCAUCUGGUGGGGUGAGAGAGCUUUCGGGGCUUCCCUUCGCAGAGCUCGAAGGCAGUGCCCCUCAGGUAUGGAGGGAUACAUGGAGGUGCACUAGGAGCCCCUGUCGAGUGCAGGAAGAAGACUGUAACCUCGGAGGCGAUGGGCUGGAGGAGGUGCUGGAGAGUCCAGGCGGGUGCGGGACGAGCUGGGCUCAGCGAGGGAAAGCCCCGAAAGUCAGGGGGUGCUCCUCCUGUGAGCCAGAGGCCUCGUUGGGCCCUAGCCCCCCAGAGUCAGGGACAGUGACGGCUCCUAGCGAUGGGCUAUUUCCACCCUUCGAAGGCAUCUGUCCGUUGGACCCAAAUAGGUUCACGGCGUCUCAGACCUCAGAUGACGUAAAAUGGCUAGGGGCCUUUAUUGGAACGGGACUGACCUUGUGUGGGUCCCAGGGUCCCAGAGAAGAAUCCGGGCCUUUUGAGGUGGAGUAUUUGGGGUUGUCCCAGGGUUGCGCCUCACUUUUAAGCCUGCCGGUGCCUGGAGAACCUCCAGAGCUGAACAAGCCACAUGGAGACACGGUGGACCCCCUAAUGGCACCCUUGCACGAACCUGCCCCUGUGAUGGAUACCAAGGAACCACCUGCUCCUGGGAUUUCAGGUGCCGGAGCUUCACCUGAAGAGUGCCAGGACACCCCUGUGCCCUGUGUGUGUGUGGAUGGACACCUCAGCCAGACCCGCCAUACAGAGCCACAGAGGACCCCCGACCUAGCUUCACUUGGAGGUUCAACCAGGAACCCCGUGAACGGAGGAGAUGGGGAUCUGCAGAACAUGGAGACCCAUGAUGUCCAGGAAACAGGAUGUGAAUGUGGUUGCCCGGGUCCUGUGUGUGCCUCGGUGCUGCCACCUGUGUGUGAAGACGGGUCUUUGCACUGGGAUACUGCGCUGAUCCACAGCUUCAACACUCAGCCUACGCCGGCCCAGAGCCCCGAACCCAGCGAUGGCUCCGAUUCUGACCCGGACCCCCCCACGUCCCGCUGCUCUCCGUCGGACUCCCAGCUCAACAACAUCACGCUGAGUGAGAUGGGCGUCGGCCGCUCCCCGGACCGCGCUGGCGGACAGGAAGACGCCUCGCAGCUCGUCUGCGGCCUGGUUCAGGAGCUGUCCUUCCUCAAUCGCACAGUAAUGGCUGCCCACAGGGAACUGGACAACAUUCGCCGUGGCAACAAGGCCCCAAAAGCACCUGUGUGGCGUUCCAGGUCCCGUCGCAGCGAGAUAUAGGCACGGGCACACACACUCACCACGCACACACACUCGCCACGCACACACACUCACCACGCACACACACGCGCGCGCGCACGCACACACACACACACUGUAGGGUCCCUUGCCAUGAACAGUGCUGUGAUAUAAAAACAAAUGUGUUUCCCCUGUACUGACAGACCAUUGUAAUCGCUCCAUCGGUGAUCUCUGAUUGGUCCACAUCCUCAAAGGUAAUUGGCUCAAAGGUGCACAGACAAAAGUUGUGGUAUGUGAUAUACCUCACCUUUUAGCAUCACCACUCAGCUGUCAUGUUACACACACACACAUGCGCACACACACAUAAAAGGUAAACACGCUCUCCUGCGCGCGCACACACACAUUCAGUCUUACACUUCUGUU